CGUUUGAAGCUCGAUCUCGGAGUUCGGAGUGGGGCUUGUAGAUCAUGGGGAAGGCGGUGGUGGCUGCGGUGGUGGUGGCCGGGGCUGCAGCGGUGGCCGGGGCGGCGCUGGUGGUGAGGCGGAGGAUGGUGACCAGCGCCGCGAGGUGGGCGCCGGUGAUGCAGAUCGUCGAGGAAUUCAAGAAGCAGUGCGCAAUGUCGGCAACGAGGCUUAACCAGUUGGCGAACGACAUGGCGAUAAAGAUGGAAGCCGGGCUCGAGUCCGAUGGCGGAAGCGAACUCAAGAUGCUCCUCAGCUACGUCGAUAACCUCCCCACUGGGGAUGAAAAAGGAUUGUUUUAUGCACUAGACCUUGGAGGAACGAACUUCCGCAUUAUUCGUGUGCAACUGGGUGGACAGGGAAAACGUGUUGUUAAGCAAGAAUUUGUGGAAGUUGCCAUUCCUCCAAAGUUGAUGGUUGGGACCGUUGAUGAUUUAUUUGACUUCAUAGCUGCAGAAUUAGAAGAUUUUGUUAAUUCUGAAGGCGAAGGCUUUCACUUUCCGGAUGAUGACUACAGGCCAAGAGAGAUUGGUUUUACUUUCUCUUUCCCCGUGAAACAAUCUUCAAUUGCAUCAGGAGUUCUUGUGAAAUGGACAAAGGGAUUCAAUAUCACUAACAUGGUUGGGGAAGAUGUGGUGGCUGAACUGUCAAGAGCUAUGGCAAAACGGGACGUUAACAUGCGCGUUGCAGCAUUGGUCAAUGAUACCAUUGGAACAGUGGCUGGAGCAAGAUACCAUGAUAAGGAUGUCGUUGCUGGUGUGAUAUUAGGUACUGGGACAAAUGCAGCAUAUAUAGAGCGUAUACAAGCAAUUCCCAAGUGGCGAGGCACCCCACCAAAAUCUGGAGAAACGGUUAUUAACAUGGAGUGGGGGAACUUUCAAUCAUCUCACUUCACAAUAACAGAAUAUGACUUAGCAUUAGAUCUUGAGAGUUUGAACCCUGGUGAACAGAUUUUUGAGAAGUUAAUCGCUGGAAUGUAUUUGGGAGAAAUCUUGAGAAGAGUCCUGUUGAAAUUGGCUGAAAGAGCUGCCUUGUUUGGUGAUGUUGUACCACCUAAGCUCAAUGAGCCAUUUAUACUCAAGACUCCUGCCAUGUCUGCCAUGCACCAUGAUACGUCAUGGAACCUUCGAGUUGUUGGGAGAAAACUGAAGGAAAUACUUGGGAUUCAGAACACCUCCCUGAAGGUAAGAAAACUGAUCGUCAAGUUGUGCGACAUAAUUGCCUACCGAGGUGCCCGCCUGGCUGCUGCAGGCAUUCUGGGCAUCCUGAAGAAGCUAGGCCGAAACACUUUGCCCAAAGAUGAUAUCAAACAGAGGACAGUGAUUGCUGUGGAUGGCGGUCUGUUCGAGCAUUACACAAAAUUCAGCAAGUGCUUGAAUAGCACCUUGGCCGAAAUACUCAGCAAAGAAGUUGCUGCCACUAUUGUCAUUGACCAUGCCAAUGAUGGUUCAGGCAUCGGAGCAGCCCUCCUUGCGGCGUCCCAUUCUCAAUAUCUCGAGCACAGAGAAUCCUAAAGGAGACUGCUUCAACCUUCACUUUAAAUUUUUAAUGGCAUUCAAAUUCCUCCCUUCAACUAAUGAAUGCUUGCUUUUUUAAAGUGUUCAGGUAUGAAGCUCUUUCUGAACAGCAAUGAGAAGCAACUUGCCUACUAAAAUUGUAUAAAUGCAAGUGGAAAUAGAGAUGAUGAUGAUGGUGCUACCAUAAACCAUCCUAUUCAUUGUUUCUCCACUGCUGGCAAGAAGUUUCUCAUUGUUUUAGGCCUUUACACAAGUCAUUGAUUUUCUCUCCCUCUUUUUUUUUUUUUUUCCUUCUUUUUUGUGCUUUCUUUUCCAUUUUUGACAUCCAAUUGCUCCAUAUUUUACUUCUCAUAUAUUUGUAUUUGUUUAGAGGAUUACAGAAUAAAUGGGAGGAAAUCAUAGAGUUGUUCAACUUUGCAUGAUUGAUGUUUGGUUCUGUGAUUAUUUCUUGU